CAACCGCCGUGACGGAAAGGCAGUGUGCGUGGAUGGCCCGCGGGAUGUCGAAUCGCACAGUGCCGCUGGACCAGCACGGGUCGUCCAGCAUGAGCGGCCGGCACAUACACGCUCUGCGCGCCUUUGUCGUCGAGGCGCCCGAGGCACUCUCGGCGGCCUUGGCCUCGAACCGCGUCGAGACUUCGCUCUAUACGCCGUACAACUUUUUGGUCAAGAACCUCUUCAAGCAGUUCUCACGCUUUGCCAACCUCUACUUCCUCUUCAUCACGAUUCUCCAGAUCGUGCCGCAGGUCACGCUCUCGAGCGGCAUCCCCACGACGAUCGUGCCCCUUCUUUUCGUGCUGAUCAUCAACGCGAUCAAAGAUCUGAUUGAAGACGUCCACCGCCACAACGCCGACCGCAUUCAGAACAGCUCCGUGACGCACCAACUCAACGUUGUCUCGAUGGCCUUUGAAGUGGUCAAGUGGGAAACCCUUCGCGUUGGCAGCGUUGUCCGCGUCGCCCAAGGCGAAAUGAUUCCGUCGGAUAUGAUUCUGCUGGGCACGAGCAGCUCGAUCGGACAGUGCUUUACAAUGACCGCCAACCUGGACGGCGAGACGAACCUCAAGAUCCGAUGGGUGCCCCCCGAGCUCAUGGGCCUCGAGAAAGACCUUUGCGGACCCACACCGUCGACACCGGCGCUCUGGCAUCUGAUCCACGGCGCCAAAAUCGAAGUUGAAGUGCCGAAUCGGCGCCUGGACCGAUUCAAAGGCACUGUGAUGCCGAAAGCUACCGACACCAAGAUCAGCCUCGGCAUCUCCAACCUCCUCCUUCGCGGCGUCUUGCUACGCGACACCGAGUGGGUCAUCGGGCUCACGAUUUAUACGGGCGGUGACACCAAGAUCCAGCAAAACUCGGGGGAAGCGCCGUUCAAGUCGAGCACGCUCUCGUCGCUGACUAACCGCAUGACGCUGCACAUCGUCGUCUUGCAGCUUGUGCUUUUGAUCAUCGCCGUGUGCGUUCAGAGCGCGACGUGGACGUCCCCACCGUAUUUGCAGCUCUCGAGCAGCCCGUCGGGGCUCGACUCGUUCUACCUUUUUCUGACCUACAUGCUGCUCUUCUCCAACUUUGUGCCGAUUUCGCUUCAAGUGACCGUCGAUAUCACGCGCUUCUUCCAAGCGAUCGUGCUGCAGCGAGACGCGGGCAUGACGUACGGCGACGUGGGCAUUACGGUGCACUCGUCCGACCUGAACGAGGACCUUGGUGCGAUUCAACACAUCUUUACCGACAAGACGGGCACGCUCACGUGCAAUAAUAUGCAAUUUCGUCGGUGUGCGAUCGACGGCGUGAGCUACGGCUCCAACGACCCGUAUCCGGACCCUUCUCUCUCGCCGCGCAUGAAUUCGUGCGCCAAGCCGAGCCCUCGCACGUCGUCCUUCUUCCGCAACUACCGCACCAAGGCGCAGCCGACGCUCGUCGACGAGAACUCGCCGCGCCGGUCCGGCAUCCACGUCAACAUCCACGACAAAGCACUUUUGCUCAAGAUGCAAGAGCAGCACGACCCGCGCGCCAUCGCGUUCUUUACCAACCUGGCUGUCAACAGCGCGGUGGUACCCGUGGUCGACGCGGCGUCGGGCGAAAUUGUUUACUCGUCCAUCUCGCCGGACGAAGAGGCGCUCGUGAGCGCCGCCAAGCACUUUGGCAUCGUCCUCCUUGCCCACGACACCACCAGCGUCUGCAUCCGGCGCUUUGGGCACGAUGUCACAUUUGACGUGCUCCACGUCUUUGAGUUUUCAAGCGAGCGCAAGAAGAGCUCGAUCGUCGUGCGCGAACGCGGCUCCACAGAACUUCUUUUGCUGUGUAAGGGCGCCGACUCGGUCGUGCUGCCAGCUCUGUCGCCAGCGUCCGCCUUGGAAGAAAGUGUUCGGUCGGCGAUGAAGCUGCACCUGUCGACGUACGCGGUCGAGGGCCUCCGCGUACUCUGCGUUGCCCAGCGAGAGCUACCCCAGGACGUAUACCAGGCGUGGCACGACAAGUACCAAGUGGCCAAGACGUCGUCCGAGUGCUCGGACGAAGACCUCGACCCGAUCAUCGCCGAGAUUGAAACCAACUUGGAUCUGGUUGGCAUCACAGGCAUUGAGGACCGGCUGCAGGACGGUGUGCCUGACGCGCUCGAGUGCUUUCGCCAAGCCCGCAUUAAAGUGUGGAUGCUCACAGGCGACCGGCCGGACACGGCUGUCAACAUUGGUCAUGCAACCCGGCUGCUUUCGUCGGACAUGAAGCUCUUUCAAAUCUCUUCCAAAGAGCUCGAUGCGUCGGCCAAGCCGCCGACCGAGACGAUCAGCGAUUUGUUUCAGAGCAUGCUAUUGUCGUCCUCGUCGCAGGAGCUUGCGCUGCUCAUGGACGAUGUGGCGCUCGAAUUCAUUUGCGCCCGCGAAGAGCUGCAAAAGGAAUGA